CACAACAAAGUCAGCUGUGCUGUGGCAUAAAAAAAGGUAAAAAUGAAAAUAUGCCUUGCUGCUAAGCAUAGACUGCUAAGCCUAAUCAAAAUUUCUUGUAUGAGUUUGAUAAAAAAAUAUGUCUGAUGAUAAAAAUAUUGGUCCCAAAGUUCAUGUUGAAUAUUGUGGAGUUUGUGAUUAUGGGGGCCACUGUUUGGCCCUAGCUAAAACUAUCCGUGAGAGUACUCCCGAUGCUCUGGUGCAUUGCAAGAGGGGUCGACAAGGUGCAUUUGAAGUUGUAGUAAAUGACACAUUGAUAUAUUCUAAAAUUCAAACAAUGGCUCUACCAGAUUACGAAGAGGUAGCACAAGUAGUGAAUGAGGUAUCAAAUGGGAGCAAACCUAGGGAAAUUAAGGGACAACAACCAGUCAACUGUGCAAUAAUAUAAAUUUAUUCAUAAAACAUCUCAGUUAAGUGGCACUUAACUUAUAAAACAUUUGUAGGACAUGUAUAUUGUGUAAAUAAAAUUAUUUCUAACAACAUUAUAUUAAA